AUGAAAACCCUCGCACUCUUAUUCGCACUUUCCCUCUACCUCCUUUCCCACCCGACUAGCGCCAAACUCAAACCCAUCCGCCUCGGCACCGACGAUGUACCCAUAGCGUCGACCGGCGCUCCGGUGGUGGACAGAGACGGAGACGCGCUCCAGCCCGGCGUGGCUUACAACAUAACCUCCAUCACAUGGGGCGCCGGCGCCGGAGAAGUGAAACUUGAGUGGAGAGACACCAACACCAAGUGCCCCAGCGACGUGAUCUCAUGGAACUACGCCGACCCCGUGGUGUUCACGCCGGCGGACCCCAAAGCCACCGCCGUUUUGGAGUCCUCUUUCCUGAGCUUCAAAUUCAACGUCGUCACCAAUUUUCUCUGCUCGGGUAACCUCUACUGGGGCGUCCAGCACGACGCCGUUUCCGGGAUGGAUUUCGUGCGGUCCGACGAGUUUGUCGAGAACCAAUCCGACCGGUUCAAGAUCGAGCGGCUCGAUGCCAAUUUCCCCACUUAUAUAAUCACUUAUUGCCCCUCCGGCACCGACAAAUGCUACUACGUUGGCAGAGAAUAUGACGAAUCCAUUAAGUCUACGCGUUUGGCUCUCAGUGAUUUCCCCUUCGUGCUUAUGUUUUGGAAAACUUCUCUAGCAUCGGCAAAAUAA